GUGGUCUUCACUGACUGGUUGAACAUAAUAAAGUCUGAAUGCUGACACACACACAUUCACUCAGAGAACACAGAAGCCGUUUCACUCUUCCUCUGCUAAAUUUUCCCCCAGCUGAAGAAACACCUAUAAGUAUCUUGCGAAGUUCUUGGGAUCGUCUGUAGCUGGCAAGUUGUUGGAAAGCAAAUAUGUCUCUGCCAUUGUCCUUGCUGAUAUGUCUGUCAGUCUUCCAGCUGUGUUUGGGAGCUCCGCCUGUGGAGGAAGUCAUUACAGAAAAAAAAAAGUGCAUCUUUUAGGGGCUUGGACAGAAAGACUUCCUGAGUCAAAAGAUGUUCAGAAGGCGGCUCAGUAUGCUGUAGAAAUGUUCAACAAAAAUUCAAAGGACGAGAUGUUGUUCAAGCUGGUCUCAAUUACCAGUGCUAAAUCCCAGGUAACCAAUAGGAUCAACUUUAAAAUCGACGCAGUCCUCGGAAGAACCAAAUGUCCUACGAUGGAAAACCUUGACUUGAAAAGCUGCAUUUUGGAUGAAGAGCAACUACAGUGCCAGUUUGUUGUGACUUUAGACCCCGGCAACGAGGAACAUGAGCUGAAAACCAAGAAAUGCCACAAAGUUGCAAAGAGGGCUUAAUUCUUUUUUACAGUGUCAAGAUAACGUGAGAUCAUCCCAUUAUUUCCAUGCUGGAGAUUUUAGGUAAACAGUCACAAUACAUGAAGUUACAUUUAUAAUUAAUUACACAAAGUAGCAUCUAUAACUAGGGGUAAAAUCAAACUUCAAUAAAAUCAGUGAGGUUUGUGUGUUUCCUUUGUGUCAUUCAAACUUUACUUUUAAAUUAUAUUUCCUUUUGUAUUUAAUCAAAAGAAAUCAUAGUCAGGCAGAGAGAGAGAUAGUUGCCAAGCCAUGACACAGGAACAGCAGGCUUUCUGAUAAGAUGAAGAAAGUCUCCAGCCUGAAGAUUUAUAAAAACAAAUGAGACUAUUCCUUAUUUCAAUGAAAGAAAGUUUUAAAGAAAAAAGUCUGAACAAAUUGAGUAUUUGAAUAAAACUCAAAGCAAAAAUACUUAUACUGAUAAUGUUUUCUCUUGAAAGAAUGAACAACUGUAACUUUAGUUUCAAACAAUAAGAAUAGUGGAUGAUUCCUGUUUUCUUGUCAGAAGAACACCUAUAAUUACUCACAUGAUGAUUAUAAUAAAAGUAACUAAUAAAGCAUGGUUAUCAUAAUAUAAAUGACUGCUAAAUCAGAAGCUAGAGAGGUUAUAGAUGUGAUUUUGAUAAUGAACUUUAAAUGAUGUAAAAUGUGUAACUGCAUUUAGAGAUCACUGAUGUUGUGUUGGAGGUAGAUAGUAGAUGAAGGAUUAGGGAAAAAAGGAAAUAAAAGAAGAGCAGAGAUGACCAACACCUCAGAGUUUGCUGAUUUGGAUUUUGAUUGUUGCAACUCAAACUGUUGAAAGAAAAAGGUGGAAAACAUUUCAUAGAUUGCUUUUAGCCCAAAACGAUACGUAAAAUAACACCCUUGGGACUCGCCGAAGUCACUAAACCCAACCUGGUUCAGUAACAAGUGCAGGUUGUAACAAAGAGAAAGAAUGACAGUUAACAUGUGUGGUCUGUGAAACUAGCUGUCUGCAGGCUGCUCAGUCUGACUAACUCACAGGGGGAAAAAGGGCGAGGCACCUGGAUGGAGUUCUGGACAGGGUAAUACCCACCAGAUUUAGGAAACUCAAUUUACUCGUUAGAUGGAGAGCUGGGAGCAUGUCUCACCCUCUCAGAAGGAAAAGUAGAGAGAGAAGGUGGUGGAGGGGGAGCAGCAACAACAACGGUCUAAAAUAUCUUCACAAUUGUGAUUGGUUUUAAGAAACCUUUAAGACACACCCUAACAUGUUGCACCUAAUUAAAUGGAAAUAGUAAAACUGGGUGCAGAUAAUUUUGGGGGGAGAACAAUCAAGAGCUCAUACAUUUAGCUUUUAUAACUGUUGGUAAAUAAGGAUUAAAUAAACGUUGAUCUAAACUUUAUCUGGUUUUUGUGACUUUUUUGUACAAUUUUGUUUAUUUUAACACUACCCUAACCCAUUGAUGGUGCAAUAAUACUCCCCCAACCAAAUAACACCAACAACAAAAUCAUAAAUAAAAGGGAUCGAGACUGGCAGCUUCUGAGAAUAUCAAGAUCUGAAAUAUUUCGACAUAUCAAACCGUAACAGCUGUGUGUGAUGGAAUCUCAGAACUGGUACAACUGUGGUUGUGAAAUGAUACAAAGUGGAUAUUUGAAAAGAAAGUUAAACAUCUCCAAGGCAGUGUUCAUCCUUCAAGCCAAUCUGAACCACCAAUAAAGGGCCCCAGAUUUGUCUUGGACUUUUACAUUUUCAAAAUUUCUGGAAUUAUUACCCCAACUUCAAUUAGGCGCAACAAAAUUAAUAUUUCAGUCCAAAGGUCUGCAAUAAAUUUUAUUCAUAUUGAACUUCUUCUGUUGUUUCUAAGAUCAAAAACAAAAGGACAGCACAAGGAACAGGAAAAAUAUGAUUUUAGUCAUGGAGAUUCUUUUCAGAUGUUCAUCACCUAAAUCAGCGUCUCUGGAUCUUUACCAGAACGUAAAGCCACACUGUAUUUUUCCAUUUCUCACAGAAGAGUGAGCUCCUGAUUCCAUGUUUAAAUAUCUAUCUGGUUUUAUGGUGACUAAAUAUAAUUCAUAUUGGUUAAAAUGUUGGGGGAAAAUUAUCCUCACUGUUUUAUAACAUGAGGUUGUCGGACAGGCAGUUUUAAAAUUGUUUCUCUUUGUUGCUCAAUGGAUACUUUUCAGAUUUCUAUUUUAAAAGUUCUGGAAGACCAUAUCUGUUUUCUUUCCACUUUAUCUUGACUUUCCACUUUUGCUACUUUGUGAAUAAAUUGCUUAAACUCC